GUCACGAUUGACAAUCCCCUGAACCUAGUUAGGACAUACGUUUGGAAAUUACGUCUUCAGUAAAUUUUAUGGACAAAAUUAGUUUCCAAGCAUCAUAGCUGGUGGAAAACACACAAAGCCAGUUUAUGGCAGUAUUUGCCGUUUGCCGCCUUGUAUGUAACUUCGGGCCGGUAACUUUUAACACGUGUCAUAAGUAUAUUGUGACAAGUGCUUUUGUAAUUGGUUUAACGGAAAUAGUGAUUUGUAUUUGUAUGCAAAAAUUUUAUAAAAUUCGUUUUUAUUUCUUUGCUGAAUGGUCUUAAUUUAAAAAUUGUGUAAGUGUGCCUUGCAGAUGCAGAUUGAAGCCGGUUUUUUAUUUUCAUUAGGAACGAUUACCCCUAAUCUGUCUCAUUCGAACAUUCCCAUCACUUACCUGAUUUGGGGAAAUCAAAUUGUCAAUUGUCUGGCGUCGUUGUCAGAUUUGACAUAAACUCUCGGAAAAAUGUAUUUUCUCCCAUUGUAAACAAAAAGUGUUCGACUUGAAAAUUUGUAUACUGUUUCCAAACCGAGAAAUAUGAAAAUUGAAACAAUUUCAACGUACGAACAGGCAAAAAGCAAACAUUUUGUAGAUGCGAUGGACGGAACUUUCAAAGAGAGCGGUGACAUUGGAGUCAAGGAAAAUGACACCUCUUUUGAAAAGGCAUGUGCAGAUAUUGACGAAAGUCACACUGAUGAUGAGGAAGAUGUACCUUUGAAUCUAGACUGUUCAAAAAGUGAUGAUGAUGACGAUUUGGGUGAGUCUGAAAAUGAGGAAAAAGGCGAAAACCAGGCUGAAAGUGAUAAAAAAACAGAUGAAACUAGUCAAAGCAAAAUUGACACUAGUGAGGUGAAGAGUGUUGAUGAGAACUUAAAAAAUGUAGAGGUAAAUGGUGAUAGCCAGGAGGGAGAAAAAAAAGAAGAAGAGAAAGUGGAAGAAAGUAAAGAUGAAAAGAAGCCUGAGGAUGAAUCUUGCCAGGAGUCUGAAGGAUGUAAGGAUGAUGUGGGAGUUGAUUCAACAGGGGAAGAAAAUACAAAAUUAGCAUCUGAUGAGAAAGCUAUAGAAGAUGUAGAUAUGGAGCCUACUGAGAGUAAAGAUAAAGAAGGAGUCCCAAAUUCAGACCGACAAACUGAUGAGAGUGAAUCGGAAAAGGACUCUGCAAAAGAUUGCCCUGAAAACAAAAAUGAUCCAGCUAAAUCUGACCACAAUGAAACUGAAGAUCGAACUGAAAAUGAGUCUGCAAAGGAUUGCCCUGAAAAUAAAAAAGGUCCAGCUGAUGAUACAGCUAAAUUUGACCACAAUGGAACUGAUGAAGAUCAAACUGAAAAUGAUUCUACAAAAGAUUGCCCUGAAAACAAAAAAGAUCCAGCUGAUGAUCGAGCUAAAUCUGAUCACAAUGAAACUGAUGCCGAUAAAACAAAAAAUGUUACCGAAGCUGAACAAACUGUAGAAAAAGAAGAUAGUAAAGAUGAAACAAAAGCGGUUACGGAAGCUGAAAAAACUGUAGAAAAAGACGAUAGUCGAGAUAAGGAAAAUGAAGAGAAAGAUAAAAAUGAGGAAGCAACUUCACAGAGUGAUGCCAAAGGAGAGUCGGAUAAAAAUGACAAAGGAGGUGACUUUUCAUUGUUGAAAGAAACCUUAUCAAAACCUGUUGAUGAUACGAAAGAACAGGAGAAUGAUGAAGAGGAAAUGGACGAAGACUUUGACCCGUCUGAUUUUGAUCCGUCGCUUCUCUGUCCAGAAGUAGCCAUGGAAGUGGAUGAAGCACCUGUUAUUGCAGCAUCUAAUGAUCAGAAUGCUCAAGGCGGCGACGACGGUGCGAAAAGUCCGAUCCUGUUCGAUGCGGUGUUCUCGACCUAUGUUGAUGAGAUGACUGGAACAGAAACUUGCUUCGAUUUGUCUCUGGAGGAGGAACAACUUAGACAGGAAACUUAUGGACAAAAAAAUCCCGUCCAGUUCACUAAGAUCCACUGUACGGCAUGCAACGUCCAUUUGGGCAGCGCUCUCGACGGACAAGGCAACCGAUUCGUGCAUCCGUUGCUGAAGGUGCUCAUAUGCAAAAAUUGCUAUUCCUUCUACUGCAGCGGCGAAUUCGAAAAGGACGAGGAUGGCAGCGAGUUAUACUGCAGGUGGUGCGGCCAGGGAGGUCAAGUUAUGUGCUGCGCCCAGUGUGAAAUGGUGUUCUGUAAGAAAUGCAUUAGGAUCAACUUUGAUAGGAAAAAAAUCGCAGAUAUUCGAGAUAGCGACGACUGGUUGUGCUUCAGGUGUAAUCCAUCCCAGAUUGCUCAUCUGAAGAUCCACUGUGCAGAAUUCAUGGAAUAUGUUCGACGUGAAAGAUCACGGGCAGCAACGUUAGAAAACUUCUCGGACUUUACUAGCACCGACCAUGCUCUCUGCUGUCAGUCUAUGAAAAAGAAAGCUACCGACAGUCCUGCUGACCAGCCAAAGAGAAAGAGGAAAAAGGUCGUCGUUGAUCCAGAUUAUAAUCCUUUGAAGGAUGAGGAAGAUGAUCAGCAAGUGAUUGAAAAAGUUCCACAUACAGUUACCCCACCAGCGACGGUUAAUGCUGCACAAACUACUCCUCGAAUAGUGCCAGUUCAACCACCUCGAACCAAUGGGGUGUCUGCGACUGCAGUUCAACAAGCGGGGCCUACUGUCACCCAGUUCAGGCCCAGAACCUCACCGCAAUUCGGUAUUAGGCCUAAAAUCGUGACGAUAGGGCAAAAUGCAGCCACUGUUCAGACACAGAGGCCACCUGGUACGCCUUCCCCUGGAUACAUAAAGAUACUUCCUGGAGGUAUGGUAGUACCUGGUAAUUCACCUCGACAAAUAAGAAUGCCGGCACCUCGACUUCAAACUACAAUACGACCUCAAGCACCCACACAGGCAUUCGUAAGGCAGAGGCCUCAAACAACUACGCCCACAUCCCAAGCAAGGCACGAAUGGUUCGAGAAAACUGUGCGAGCCGCCGCUCGCGUCAACUCGAACCUGUCGUACACGCUGACGAACCUGAACAGAGCGCAAGCGGCCGCUACGAGCGUCGAAGCUUUGGCUGUCGUCCACAACAAACUGCAGGAGAUCCUCAGCACGUCGAUCAACUCGCUGAUACAGAUCAGGAAGAAUCUCAGAGCCGAAUUUAUACAAGGUAUAAAGAACACCCGUUUUCCUCCGAAAAACCAAACUGGAGCUGCUCCUGCUACUCCCCUUUCUCCAACACCCACACCCAGUACUUCUAAAGCUGCCGAUCAGGACGACGAUGUGAUUAUCAUCAGUCCUGCGAGUUCGCCUAUACCGGCUGCUAAAGUUAGUACUCCUGUGGCCAGUACCAGUAAACCUAGUACAAGUCGAGCAGGCGAAGCGGAUAGGUGUGGUGGAAGACCAUUUUUGAGAGUGAAAAGCCUCACAGCAUUACAAAAUGUAACUGCAGAAUGUAUAACGAUUCCCGACGAUCCGCCUGAGGUCGAGAAACCGACAGAGGACGCAAUUGAUGCUAAAAAGAAGGGAUUGGAUACGUCGAAGGUGAUCAAAGUAGAUAUCACGAAGAUAUUAGCAGGUGAAAAUCCUGUAGUAGAACCAACCAGUAGUAAAGUAGUAACAAGUAAAGAAGCUGACAAGAAAAUGGAUGUUGAUAACGAUGCCUUGCCUAUACCAGUGCCAGAAAUCAGUAAGGAUAAAUCGAAAAAAGAAAAGGUAAACUGUGAAAGCGUAGUAUCUACGAAAAAAACUUCAGAGGUUAAAAAGAAAAAAUCUCCAGCAGAAGCAAAAGCUAAGGACAAAACUAGUGUAGAUAAUUCUUCCGAUAAGAUGAAAUCGGACGAAAAUAAAUCGAUAGAGAAGAAAUCGCUGGAGAAGGAACUUGAUACAAAGGUGUCGGAAGAGAAGAAAACCGAAGAGAAAUCGAUAGAAAAGAAAUCUACAGAGAAGAAACGUGAAACAAAAGUAUCAGUAGAAAAGAAACGUGAAGAAAAAAAAUCGAUAGCUAACGUCUCGAAAGAAAAAAAAUCUGAGAAAAAAGGAACAGAAGAAACGAAACCCGAUGAGAAGAAAUUGGAAGAAAAAGGAGCGAUGUCGGAAGAAGAACCAACGGAAAGUUCCUGCCCAGCGCUAAAAGUUAUCCAAGACGUCAAAGUCGUACUGGAACGGUCCAAAGAGGUUGAAGGCUGUGUUUUGAAAAACCAAAAGACUGAUUGAGAUCAACUCAUCUCUGCUCACAUGUAAAAUUGCUUUGCGAAAAGGACAAAGCUGGGGCAAUAUUUACUCCUUGCAGGCUGCUAUGUAGCCAAGAUAAAAAUGACGUUGUAAAUUCGUCGAGGUUAGGAAAACAGGAAAUAAUUAUUUUCAGGAAUUAGUUGCAAAAGUACGAUAGGUAUCGCCAUAACCAGGCAAUCAAUCCUCAUAUACUGCUUUUAAUUUUUAGAAAUUAGUUGCAAGGGGUAUUGUUCAAUAGUAUAUUUAUUUGCCAUCACAUAUUCGGUCUCCUCGGUUUGCAUUGAUGUGUGUAUCUAUUUUUCACGAUGCUUCAUGUCUGAUAGGUUGAACAGUUUAUUAUCAAGUAACAUCUAUAUGAAAGUUUAUACUCUUGGCAACAAUGGAUCUUUUAAAACUGGGAUACAGUUCCAACAUUCAGCUUGAUGUUUUCACUUUCGCAGUGAUUGGUUCUGCUAAUAGAUGUCGCUUAUUGCUGUCGUAUUUCGAUAAGAUAAACCUUAUACUCUGGGUAGUGUAGAGUUGUUCAGCUUUCGUCCGUUGACUACCAAUACCAACUGUACACCAUAGAGUUGUCUAAGGCCCGUAUCGUCAGCGCUCUAUUUUGAGGUUAUGUCACAAACAUCUAUUUGCAUCAAAUUGUGCUGGCUUUUGAGUUAUAUCAUGUUUUAUCAGCCUAAAAUUUCCUACAAUUUAAAAAGAAAACAUAUCUUUAGAAUAGGAGAGCGCUGACGCUAACACGGGACAAGUGUAAUCUAGAAAUUUUUUAAGGAGAGAAAGGAGUAUGACAAUCAAGGAGGCCAUAAACGCGCCCUACAAUUGUAGGGACGACUGACGAUGCGGGCCUAAUACCACGAAACAUCUGACGUUGAUUGGACGUCUCUGGCCGGACGAACGAAAGCUUAUAUUGCUGCUUUUCUCACGACAGUAUUCAGAAACUACUUCCACCAAACACUAAUGAAAGUACCACGCACAAAAUAUAUGGAAAUCAAUUUUAAAGAAAAUUCAUACAAUGAUAGUUCAUGUGCUAAUCGAAUGUUCGAAUGUACACACGCCCAGAAAUGCUUUUUAUUGGAGAUACAGCGUGUUAAAGUUUGGUGCCUUAGCACCUGUGGAUUCGCCUGCCUUCACCAUUUUAAGAAAACUAACUCUUCUUUAAUGUACUUAUGGACCUGUCCCAAUAAAAAUGGUAGUUAAUAUAAAAUGUAUUCGAAAAUGGUUUGCGCAACGAGAUUGUACGUUGACAUCUCAGAAUUAUUUUGAAAUAUACCAGGUGUAGCGACAAUUGAGUGUACGUUUUUUUUUUCAAUGAGACGCCCUAUAUUAUAUUAGCUAUUUAAAAAGAACUUUCGACGACAAGAAGAUUGAUAUAACGUAUUGUAGGAUUUUGAUUGUGAUUUGUCUAGUUAUUUUAUCAUUUGUUUGAAAAGGCUUUGACUUCUGCUAUUUUAAUUACAUUAUAACUGAAUUUUGAAAAGAAGAUGAAAACCUACGCUACUUCAUUAGCGUGCUGCAAAACACAAUACGUUGUUUGUCUCAAAAUUUUCAAAUGGAACUUCCUGUAUCAGUUUGCAUUUUGGAUUCACGUUUUUAUGUGUUUCUGCUCAUAAGAGGCUAAUUACUUAUUGGAAAACAUUUCUGGGCUUUGUAACAUUUUAUCAGCACAACAUAAACUACUAUCGCUAAUUUUCAUUAAAAUUGACUACUAGACAAAUUCCAUAUCUGUACCUCAGAGCCAGAUUAGGUUAAGUCCAAGUAAGUUGUUUUGAGAUAAUUGAAUUUGAAAUAUUUUUCUUGUGUUGUUAUUAUACGAGUUAAAAAGUCGUAACUUCAUUAUUACAGAUAGAUGGACGCUGCAAGCAGCAAACGAAAAUUCACAAUAUUAUCGUAAGCUUAACAUAUUGAACUCAUUUUUGACAAAAAUGGACUUACAUAAUCUGGCUCUGGGGUACAGAUAUGUUUUGAGCCUGGUACUUUCUUUUACAUACCUACCUGGCUUAAAAUAUAGCCAUUAUCAUCAGCAGCUUUAUCGUUGUUCUUUAUAGGUCGAAACUUUUCUAAAUAAAUGUUGUUAGAAUGAAUCCUUAGCGUACAAAAAAAAACAAAAUACGACUCUGUCUACAAGUCUGACGUUGACAUGAUCAGAGUGUCACUUGUCGAUAUAGGGUAUUUUUAGUGUCACUGGAUAAUCGGCUAUUAUUUGUUGUCAGUUUUGACGUAAUGAAGUACCGUGAAAAAUACGGUUAUUUCCAAUAAAGAAUGUCUUACAAUCAGAGAUACAAAUAAUUAUAUGAUGUCGACUACCUAUCCGCUGAAACAUUUCAACUUAUGGACUAGGUAGCUGCUAACCGAUUCUACGCUUACUUGUUGUGGGCGCCACCUAUGAAGGAAUGGCAACGAGCUAUAGUAUAAAACUUGCAGUUUAAAUCAUAGAAGGUAUAAAUCGCCUCCAAUAGUGCCAUCUGUAAAGCAGAGGUUACAUCAUAUCAGAUCCAAGCUCAAGAGGUUUAACCAACACGCUCAGCUACUACAAGUGGGGGGGGAUCCUACAUAAUGUCAAAAAACAUAAUGGCAUAAAAAAUCGAUAUAAUACCACUUUCUAAGUGGUGUGGAACUAUAAAUUCUUUGUUGGAAAUAACCGAUUGGUUAGCUUUGAUGCUCAUCUUUGUUGCAGCUGCCAAUUUUGACAGGUUAGCAAGCUAAUAUGCGAUUUAAACAAUCUGUCCUCCAUAACAGGGACGGUAAGCAAAAUCAUGGGAAAACGCUUUUCCAAAGCCAAAAUUAAGUAUAGGAUGUUUUUAAAUGGUUACUAUAAAAAAUUGUAGAUUGAUGGACGUUUUUGCAACUAAUUUCUUGAAAAAGAAAUUGGUUAUAAGCUGUUUCUACUAAUAACCAAACCAUGUGUCACUGUGCUAUGUGACGGUAAGCAAAAUCAUGGGAAAACGCUUUUCCAAAGCCAAAAUUAAGUAUAGGGUGUUUUUAAAUGGUUACUUUAAAAAAGUGCAGAUUGAUGGACGUUUUUGCAACUAUUUUUUUGAAGAUGAAAUUAAACGAAUAACCAAACUUUAUGUCACUGUGCUAUGUCCACUUUACGAAUAUAAUUUUGUCAACUUGUGCCCUUUACAAAAGUACUAGGCACAGUACAACACUGUUGCUAUUUUUAUAUUUUAGUUAAAGGUUCUGCUGGCACGUUUUGUUUUUGUAUAAUUAUUUUUUCUAAACUCCCAUUAAAAUAGUAACAAAAAUGUUUUCAGCAUAAAGUAUCAAUAUUACAAAUGGACGUCAGUAGAGCUUUUGAUAUGCCUUCUUCAAAAUGCUGAGCAAUGGAAUUACUUGCACACAUUUAACCAGAUGUUUUAUUUGAUUUUUCAUUUAUUUUCUGCUUGCAAGUUAAAGAUGCAUAAUAUGGCAAAAUAAUUUUGAGAAAUGGACUGCUACAAGUGCGUACUUUAAAACGAGCAGUAGAUCACUCUAGUAAUGAUAAAUUCAAGUGUUCCUGCACUGAAGGCAAAUUGGUAGGUUUCUUUCCGGUUGACCCAUAAGAUCUGUAUUUUUUUUGUUCCUUCAAAGCUAUUCUGCUUCAUUUUUAAUCUGAAAUAACUAUUUUCAACCAGCCAUAAACGAGCUGUUGAAAACUAUUUGUUCUUUUUGUUCUUUUAAAAAAAUGUGAUUUUAAGUUUGAUUGCAGGAUUGGAUGUUUAUUUGCAAUGUACCU